UUAUGAGCUUUUAAAUUUAUUUUUAUGUGCAAAUAAAGAUUUUUAAUGCAUAAUACAAUCAUUCAAAACUAGUUAUUUUCUGAAAAUGCAGGAAAACACUUCCAGAUCCAUAGCUGCUUAUCAUGUACCGUGACAUUUAGAGCAAAUAGUUCAGCUUCUCUUCCUCCAAUUGUUUUGUGUGCAAAUACACCAGUGGAUGUUACCUGCAGGCUCCUCCUCUGUAAGGUGAGCCACAGUCACACCGCUUCAUUAUUGACCCUCACAGCCGCCUGUUCCUCUGCGGGCAGUGAAGAUGAAAUAAUCCUCCUCCUGUUGUUUGCAGAUUUUGGACGACUUUGCCACCGGCACAUGACCCGAAAUGGAGGGAGAAACAAAAGCUGGGGCUGAGACUGAGGGAGGUCAAAGCGACAGGAUUGACCCCUACGGCUUCGAGAGACAUCAGGAUUUUGAGCAGUAUAAUCAGAUGAUGAAUGAGUAUGUAGCUGUGCUCAACAGAAGGUCAAAGAGGUGGUCAAAGCUCCUGCGGGUGAAGCCAAACGUCGAGAAAAACCUAACAGUGAAACGGUACGUGCGUAAGGGUGUGCCCAACGAGCACCGAGCCAGGAUCUGGAUGGCAGCGAGUGGAGCUCAGGAGCAACUGGAGAGCAAACCUGGGUAUUACCAGUCUCUACUGGAGAUGGAGCAUGACGCCAAGCUGAAGGAAACCAUUCAAACAGACUUGCAUCGGACCUUUCCUGACAACAUCCUGUUCCAGAGCCGGGCGGACGCCGGCCUGCAGACGGCUCUGUACAACGUGCUGCUGGCGUACGGACACCACAAUCAGACCGUGGGCUACUGUCAGGGAAUGAACUUCAUAGCGGGCUACCUCAUCAUCAUCACCAAAGAUGAGGAGAAAUCCUUCUGGCUCAUGGACGCGCUGCUGGACAAAAUCCUCCCAGACUACUACAGCACACACAUGUUGGGGUUGAAGGUGGACCAGGAGGUCCUUGGGGAGCUGGUGAAGACCAAAGCCCCCGCUGUGGGACAACUCAUGGCCCAGUAUCCUGGUAUCUGGACCCUGGUGGUGUCACGCUGGUUCAUCUGCCUCUACAUUGACAUCCUCCCCAUAGAGACGGUUCUGCGGGUUUGGGAUUGUCUGUUCUACGAGGGUUCUAAAGUCCUGUUCCGGGUCGCUCUGACCCUCGUCCUCCAUCACCAUAUGGAGAUCCUGAGAGCGCGCUCGUUGCCUGAUGUAUGCAUGUGCUUCAAGGAGAUCACAAGUGGAGCGUUCACUCUCGACUGCCACACCUUCAUGCAGAAAAUCUUCUCAGAACCUGGGAGCCUUUCAAUGACGACUAUUGAGAAGCUGAGAGAGAAAUAUAGACAACAAAUUCUGGAAGAAUCCCAAAACAAGUGAAGUUUGGAAUUCACGUUACUUCCUGUUUAUACUCCAUACAAGGUCUGAAGGUUCCACCUGGAGGAAACAAACACUGCUCCACUUCCUGCUGAGUUUUAGUCUCAACAGCAGGACAGACAGAAAGAUGGCUGCUUCUGGAUCUGUUCCAUAUAAAUCCAGUCUGCUGGACCCGACAUAGUUCUUUUUUUUUUUUUUUUUGCUGCUGCUAUUUUAAAUGGUGCUUUGCAACACACGCUUAAAUCUGCUACUCUGUGUAAUUUUUACCAUUUGGGACUAAUAUUACAAGGCUGGUCAGAUUCAUCCAGCCACUAGAGAAUUGUUUUAUGGAGUGAAAUUGAAGCAGCAGUGUGAGCUGAUCGUUGCCAUUCAGACAACUAACACACAUAUGAAACUGUUUCUGCUGCAUAAACUAAAGGAAUGAAGUUAUCGUGUUCAA